AACGAUGACUCUUUUUUCCUUUCUUGCUGUUGGGUUGGCUCUUUAGAGCGAGGCGUUGAUCUAAGAAAGACCUGAAGUCGAUAAGGCGUAUGGGGUUAUUAUUGACAGGAUAUUGGAAAUAAUGGUUAUGGCGCUGGACUUGUCUCGGCUUGCCCUUCCUCCAUAUCCAUCCACGGUUUCUUCUGCAUCAACUCAUUCUCUCUCCACUUUUGUCUUCUACAGAAAUUCGAAGCUGCUAAUUCCUCAUAAAUCAUGCUUUUCUUCCAAGAGAUGUGAAGUAAUUCCCAUGGUUGCCUUCAAUCCUCAAGGAAAUAUCGAUUUUCCUAUGACUGAUGACCAAGAGAUUCCUGAGGUGGAACCACCACCACCGCCAACAGAAGGGCGCAUUGACAUCGUGAUCGAUAAGGAUAUCAUCAGACGCCUUGAUUUAUCUCUUGCCCACGCCCUUCUUGCAAAUUAUAACGAAGCAACAGGUGAUAUGGGAAAGAACCCUAAGCUUCUUUUGGAUCGAACUGUUGGGUUUGUGAUAAAUUAUGAAAGAGAUGAUCCUCAUGAUCCUCGUGAGCUAUCUGAAUUCCCUGAUAUAAGACUAUGGUUUGUAAGACUAGAUGCAACAUAUCCAUGGAUGGCAGUUGUAUUGGACUGGAGAGCAGGAGAGCUUGCAAGAUAUGCUGCAAUGCUUGUUCCUCAUCAGAUGAGCAUGAGGCAGGGAGUAGUCUUCAAUCCAGAGGCCUUGGAGUUGUUUGCCAUGAAAAAGCUCUUUAUAGUGUAUGACUGGCUCAAGAGCCACAAUAUUGCAAAGCCUGUGGUGAAGACAAAUGACAUGAUGCGCAUGCUUGGAUUUGGAAUUGCAGAUGAUCUUUACAAACUAAUAGAAUCAGAUGUUCCUCCUCCCUCAUAGCUUGGAAAUGUAUACAACCCCAUCUGGGGUAAUACUUUUUCAUACGUAUCAAUAUACUUAUCUCAUCUUGAUUCUAAAUAUGGGUGUAUAAAAAGAACUAUUUAGAAUGUACAAUGACUUAUGUUUAAAAAAUUGUUGUAUUAAUUGAAACUGUUAUAAUUAGGGGCAUUAUUUGUAAGUUCUAAUGUUUGAAAUAUUUAUUUUGUUACAUUUGAGGUAAUCCAUUUGGAGUGGCAUGGAUUGUCACUUGCAAUUUGUAUU